CCCCCUGCUGGUUGCCGUGGCGACAGAAAGCGCGGGAAUUACAGAUAAAUUGAAAGCGCGACUGCGCGGGUUAAAAGGAACAAAAAAUGGAUUUAUCGAUGGUUCGAGUUGAAGAAGUACAGAAUGUUCUUAGUGCUAUGCAGAAAAUCCUAGAGUGUCCAAUCUGUCUGGAGUUGAUCAAAGAACCUGUUUCCACAAAAUGUGACCACAUAUUUUGCAAGUUUUGUAUGCUGAAGCUUCUCGACCAGAAGAAAGGACCUCCACAGUGUCCGCUGUGUAAGAACAACAUCACCAAAAGAAGCCUGCAGGAGAGCACAAGAUUCAGCCAACUGGUUGAAGAGUUGUCGAAGGUCAUCCAUGCUUUUGAGCUCGACCGUGGUUUGCAGGUUACAAACAGUUACAGUUUUUCAAAAAAGGAAAGUAAUUCUCCUGAACAUGUAAAGGAGGAGAUUUCUGUCAUCCAAAGUAUGGGCUACCGAAACCGUGGCAAAAGACCUCGACAGAAUGAACUUGAGAACGCCGCCCUGGAAACCGGUCUCGGAGCCCAGCUGUCUGACCUUGGAAUCACGGGGUCUUUGAGGACCAAGCAGCAGGCGCAGCCUCAGAAUAAAUCUGUCUACAUUGAAUUGGGAUCGGACUCCUCUGAAGACACAGUUAACAAGGCGUAUUACUGCAGUGUGAGGGACCAGGAAUUGUCAUUCACCCUGCGAGGAACCAAGGCUGAAGCCACUUCCGAUUCCACAGAACGGAGUGACGCUGCUUGUGAGGUUUUAGACCGACUGCAGCCCAGCAGGAAAGCCACCAAUGCCAGCGAGGAGCAUGCCGGCAAGAGGCAGCCAGAGAGGCAUCAGGGGAGCUCUGUUUCCGACUUCUGUACAGAGCCAUGUGGCACUAAGACUCGCGCCAGCUCAUUACAGCACUCAAGCAGCCGUUUAUUACUCGCUGAAGACAGAAUGGAUGUAGAAAAGGCUGAAUUCUGUAAUAAAAGCAAACAGCCUGGGCUUACGCGGAGCCAGCAAAGCAGAUGGGCUGAGAGCAAGGGGAGCUGUGCCGACACACAGGCUCCCAGCGCAGAGCAGGAGGUGGAACAGAUCGCUGAGCCUCUCUGUGAGCAGGAAGAGCAGAAAAAGCAGAAAGCUCAGUGCUCAGAAACUCUCAGAGAGACCCAGAAUGUGCCUUGGGUCACACUAAACAGCAGCAUUCAGAAAGUGAAUGAGUGGUUUUCCAGAAGUGACGAAAUGGUGACUUCUGACGAUGCCUGUGACAGGGACUCGGAAUCAGAUGCUGAAGAAGCUGGUGCAUUAGAAAAACCAAAAGACCUACGUGACUUUUCUGGCUCUUCAGUGAAGACAGACUUGCUGGCCAGUGAGCCUCAGAGGGCUGUAACUUGUGCCAGUGCCAGAGGCUGCCCCAAAGCAGGGAAGAGUAGCGUGGAAGAUAAAGUAUUUGGGAAAACGUACGGGAGGAAGGCGAGCCUCCCCAGCUUAAGCCACUCAGCUGAAAAGCGACCUGUUCUCAUGCUUGCUUCUGAUCCACAGGUGACAAAAGAAUGUCCCCUCACAAGUACAGUAAAGCGUAAGAGUCGAACCACGUCAUGCCUUUAUCCUGAGGAUUUUAUCAAGAAAGCAGGCUUGGCAGUUGCCCAAAAGACUCCUGAAAAGGAAACUCAGGGAACGAAGCAAAUGGCAGAGAGUAGUCAAGUGACAAAUGUUCCUAAUAAUGAUCAUGAGAAUGAGACAGUAGGGGUUGCUGUUCAGAGACAGAAGAACCCCAACCCAGUACAAUCACUGGGGAAAGAGUCUGUUUCUAGAACAGGAACAGAACCCCAGAACAGCAGCAUGGAUAGCAUGGGACUAAACUUCAAUGUCUGCCCCUCAGAAACACCUCAGGGAAACAGGCUGAGGAGAAGGUCCUCAGCCAGGCAAGUGCCUCGCCCGAGCCCACCAGAUCACCCCGAACUGCAAAUUGACAGCUCUACCAGCAGUGAAGAGAUUAAGGGAGAAAGCUCCCGGCAAGUGCCGGUCAGGCGUGGCAGGAAGCUGUGCCUCGCAGGGGCCCUAGAUGCUCCCAUUGGAGCCAAGGAAGAUAAGCCAGGUGAACAAGGAAAGGGGCGUGCAGGGGAGGCUGUCCCAGAACAGAAGUUAGCAAACCUACCCAGUUCUUUUACUAAUAGUUCAAGCCCUGAUAAACUCACAGAGUUUGUCAACAGAAGCCCACAGGAAAAAGAGGUAGAAUUAAAACAAGGAACAGUUCAAGGAUCUGGUAGUACCAGAGAGCCCAAAGAUCUGCUAUCAAGUGGAGAAAAGGGUUUGCAAACUGAGAGGUCCGCAGAGAGCACAAGCGCCUCCUUGGUCCCUGACACUGAUUAUAGCACUCAGGACAGCGUCUCCUUACUGGAGACUGACAGCCGCAAGAAGGCAAGAAGAGUGUCACAUCAGUGUGUGGCUCAGUACGUGGCGGUCGCAAAGCCCAAGGACCUGCUGCCUGCUCAUUCUAAAGAUGCUGGAGAUGGCGCAGAAGAUUUUAAUGAUCCAUCCAGACUGGAAGUGAGCCGCACCCGGGAGGCAAACACUGAAAUGGAGGAUAGUGAGCUGGAUACUCAGUAUUUACAGAAUACGUUCCUGUCCUCGAAGCGUCAGUCAUUUGUUCUGUUUUCAAAUCCAGGAAACUCAGAAAAGCAAUCUGUGACAGUUUGUGCCUGUGCUGAGUCCUUUAAGAGACAAAGCCCAGAAGUCACUCCUGGAUUUGAUCAAAUAGAAGAAAGUCAGGGCGAGAAAGAGCCUAAAGUUAGAUGUGUACAGGCAGUCACGAGUGCCACAGGUGCCUCUGUGCUUCCUCAGAAUGACGGGCCAGGAGCCGGCGCCAAACAUAUUAUCGGGGUCUCCAGGCUCUGUCCGUUAUCUCAGGUCAGGAACACUGAAACUGAAUACAUCACUGCUGACAAACGUGGAAGGUCACAAAACCCAUAUCUCAUGCUGUCAAUUUCUCCUGUCAAGUGGUUUGUUAACAGUUCAUGUGAGGAAACACAUCCAGCGUCACCUGAAGACAUGGGAGGAAAUGAGAGCAUCCUGCAGAACAUGCUGUGCACAGACAGCUGCGGCCAUAGCAAGGCGCACGCUGCUAAGGAGGCCGGCUCUGGCCCCGGGAGCAGAGCGCGCGCUGGCGGCGAUGAGGUGGGCUCUCACGGUGAGAGCGCUCGAGCAGAGGUAGGUAGCGACAGAGCACACGAGCGGGACGCUGUGCUCACACUAGGGCUGCUGCAGCCUGCGGCCUCUGAGCAAAGUCUUCCCAUCAGUAACCACAGAUGUCUGGAGGUACAAAGGCAAGGGGAAAGUGGAGUCACAGUUCCAGCUGUCCUUGCAGAUUUCCUGCCCUGUCGAGUCGUAGGUAAUGCAGACCAGCCUGUGGGAAGGAGUCCCCCUUCGCAGAUUUGUUCUCAGACUCCCGAUGACCUGUUAGAUGAUGAGGACGGAGAGGAAGAUACAAGUUUUGCUGAAGGUGACAUUAAGGAGACUUCUGCUGUUUUUAGCAAAGGUGGCCCAAGAAGCCAGUCCAGCAGGAGCCCUAGCCCUUUAGCCUGCGCAGCCUCUGCACGGGGUCACCAAAGAAGGGCGAGGAAGUUGGAGUCUUCUGAAGAAUACUCGUCGAGUGAGGAUGAAGAGCUUCCCUGCUUCCAGCACUUAAUAUUUGGUAACGGAACCAAGAUUCCUCAGCCUACCAGGCCUAGCUCCGCUGCAGCAGAGCGUGUGUCUGAGGGAACAAGGGGGAGCCUGGUGUCACUGAGAAACGGCUCUCGUGACUGCACACACGAGCCAGCAUUGGCGAGGGUGUCCCCAGAACCACUGCUGGGCGAAGACCUCAGAUGUUCGGGCAGCUUGUUCUCCUCCCAGUGCAGCGCCCCAGAGGACUCUGCUGUGAACAUGAGCUCCCAGGAUGGCUUCCUGAUGCUGCACCCUCCUGCCCAACAAAUAGGGCAUCCCUCUGAAAUCCUGGGGGGCAUCCCAAGGGAUAAGGACGGGGUCUCCAAUGAUGAAGACAGGAAAGCUGGCCCUGAAGAAGACAGUCACCACAUGGGGGAGAGCACGCCGCCACACUUAGGUGAAGCAGCAUCUGCCUACGAGAGUGAAACAAACCAGUCUGACGGCUGCUCAGAGCUGUCCUCACAGAGCAGCAUCCUAACCACCCAGCAAAGGGACACCAUCCAGGACAACCUGCUCAAGCUGCAGCAGGAAAUGGCCCACCUGGAAGCCGUGCUGGAGCAGCAUGGGAGCCAGCCCUCUGGCAGCUCUGCCUCUGUAGUGCCCGACUCUUGUCCCCUGGAGGAGAUGCCAACCCUGGGAUCACCUGUACCAGGAAAAGGGCUAGCCUCAGGAGGAGACAGUGAAUACCUUGGAAGCCACCGUCCCCCGGCCCUUCCUGCAACCAAGUCCCAGGCAGCUCCAGAUUGCACCACCAGUGAAGAGGAGCCAGGAGUGGCAAGGGUGUCCCCUCCAGAGUCCCACGUGGCUAGCAGCAGGUGGUCUGCACACAGCCAGCCCAGGAGGCUUGGGGGCAGAGGCAGCCCAGCUUCGGAACAGCUGGCAGAGGCUGUUAAUGUGAAGGAGGCACGGGGAGCGUCAGGGCCGCACCGUCCAGCGACAUCAGCCCCUCUGCCAAGCACAGAACCAGAGAUAGUGCCUGGUCAUCGCAGAGUCCCAUCAGGUGAACCUGUCCUGUGUCCCUCUGACCUGGGAUCUGGAGACGACCUCUUCUUGGAUGACCCUGUACAUGAGGCCCCUAGAGCCGGAAACCCAGGGCCAGCUCCCACUUACAGAGUGCGGGCGUCAGCCUCAGUGUUGAAAGCAUCCCAGGUCCAAGUUUCACAGCGUGCCUGGAGUCCAGCUGCUGCGCAGACUUCUGACCCUGCCCGUGGAGGUUCGAGCAGGGAGGAGCCAGCCCGCAGGAGAGUGUCUGUGGUGGUGUCUGGCCUGACCGCCAAGGAGUCGAUGCUGGUGAAGAAGUUUGCCAGAAAGUACCACAUGGAGAUGGCCAGGCUGAUCACAGAGGACACCACCCAUGUGGUCAUGAAGACAGAUGCUGACUUCGUAUGUGAGCGGACAAUGAAAUACUUUCUGGGGAUCGCAGGAGGAAAAUGGGUGGUUAGCUACUCCUGGGUGACCCAGUCGAUGAAGGAAAGAAGAGUGCUGGAUGAGCAUGAUUUUGAAGUCAGAGGAGAUGUGAUCAACGGAAGAAGCCACCACGGUCCGAGGCGUGCCAGGGAGUCCCAGGACAGGAGCAUCUUCGCAGGCCUGGCCGUCUGCUGCUGCGGGCCCUUUACCAACAUGACCACAGAUCAGCUGGAGUGCAUGCUGCAGCUGUGCGGCGCAACUGUGGUCAGGGAGCUCUCGUCGCUGCCCCUCGUCACUGGAGCUCGCCCCAUCGUGGUCUUGGAACCCGACUCAUGGACAGAGAACGGUGGCUUCCCAGACCUAGGACAGCUGUGCCAGGUGCCUGUGGUGACCAGAGAGUGGGUGCUGGAUAGUGUGGCUCUCUACCAGCGCCAGGAGCUGGAUCCCUACCUCGUGCUGCAGGACACCCGCGGGCCCCGCUGACGCUGACUCCGGCCGCCCUCAGGUCUGGGGCCACAGGACCCGAAGAAUGCGCUCCACAGGAGGUCGUAUCCAGGUGCAGCACUGUGUGACAGACCUUUCAUCCCAGACCUCGGGGACGCUGAGGCAGGAUUGCAAGCCUCAGUCCAGUGGGCAGCUUAGUCACCGUCACCCAAAGGGGAGAGGGGCUGGGUUCAGUCCCAGACUGAGGGAAAAAGAAAG